AUGCGGAAGGUCGGAAUACAAAAGGUCAAAUUGUCUGGGUCACAUGUGGGAAAGAAACCGGAUCGAAUGCAGACCUGUCAAAAUAUCACAAAAUUGAGGAAAUUUUGUAGAUUUAGGAAAAUGAUCGAGCUGCUUCAACAGAAUGCUUCCGUAGCAAUUGUAGCAGUAUUCUUCUCCGGCUACUUUGCGUAUUACACUUUCUUUGUAGCUAAGAAGCCCAAAUUAGCCUGUAAGGAUACAAAGUUCCGCUCCUUCCUGUUGACCCACUGUCCUGUUAUCUCAGAAAAGUACUUUCCAACUGUUUGGUGUUUUGAGUCCAGAGCUCAAACUAUUCUUCGCUCCUUUUUAAAGUCUGCUCCGAAGUUGAGCUAUGAAGGCGAGCUAAUCAAGAUGGAGGAUGGAGGACAGGUCCUGUUAGACUGGUACCAAAAUGACAAUGAAGUUUACCCUGACGUGGAAACAAGGCCAACUGUCAUACUCCUGCCUGGUCUCACAG